AUGCCUACUGACACUAGAGAAAUUGAGGUUGUACUGUGCAUACCCGGUCGAGGGUUUAUUCUAAAUGUUAAAGGUCACCCGGGGAAGAUCCUCAGAAAAGACCUAACCACCCUUGCUCAGCUUUAUGCAAGACCAGAGGAGUUUCCUCCGACAGUCUUGUCUUUGAAGGGGUCCAGAAGACCAAGGGCAAGGCCAGCUGAGACUCCUUCUACAUCGGCAGCUCCUCAUCCAGCUUCUACAUCAGCAGCUCCUCCUCCAGCUCGUAUUGCAGCAACUCCUUCUACCCCACCUCCUGCAGAGUUUCAACAUUUCAAAGCCAUGCUUCGAAGCAUACAUCAAGGGCAGAUUAUUUUGCUGCAAAGGACUCAGCCUCCUCUUCACAGGGACGACGAGGAUCCUGUCGCUCAGGUACCACAUCAGCCAUUAGAUGAGUCAUCAGAGUCUUCCACCCCUAAGCCCUUGAUCAGGAAGAGGAGGGUAGUUGUAACUCAGGAAGCCGCAGCCACUCCUGAAAAGUCCCCUGAGGCCACUCCAGAGCCUCCAGUACCAAUGGCAAAUACCACUUCUCCACAGCAAGCAGCAGAUCCUUCAACGCCUGAAGUUCAAACCACCCCAGUCCUGUCUCCGAACACCUCUCUUGUAGCUACUCCUGUACUGCAUUUGACUAACGAGGAGGAGGUUCAGACACAGGACACCCAGGACCAAUCACAGGAUCUUUAA